AUGGCUGUCGUCCUUGCUCAAUUUCCACCCCUCCCGGCCAAUGAUUCCCUCAUCAUGAUUCCUUCUCCAGUCAACCCGAAUGUCUCGGUCAGCUACAAAAGUGUCCCCGUUGGGACUUGUACAACAGUUUUCGAAACACAGCAACAAUUCGCUGGCUACAUUACUCUGCCGCCAAAUGUCUUAGACCCCAGUCAAGGAAACUAUACCAUCAACACCUUUUUCUGGUUUAUUGAAGCGAGGCAAUUACCCGAAUCAGCUCCAUUAGCAAUCUUCAUCAAUGGUGGACCCGGCUCCAGCAGCAUGGUUGGUCUGUUCCAAGAGGUUGGGCCUUGUGAAGUUGUGGAAAUCGCCAAUGGGCAGCUAGGCACAGUUGCGCGAGACUGGGGCUGGGAUCGCAGCAGCAACAUUGUCUUCAUCGACCAGCCCGUCCAAGUGGGCUUCUCGUACGAUGUUCUGACCAACUCAUCUCUCAAUCUGCUCGAUGAAACCACUGUCGUCCCACCAACUACGGUACCCAUUUCACAACCCAGCUACACUUUUCUCAAUGGCACAUUCGGAUCGGGAAAUCCGUCAUUUACAGCCAAUACGUCUCAAAUUGCUGCCCAAUCGCUAUGGCAUUUCCUGCAGACAUUUCUCACUUCUUUCCCGCAGUACAAUACAGCUCUUCGCACAGAAGCCACCGAGCCCACCGCGGAGGUCCACCUUUUCACCGAGUCCUACGGAGGCAAGUACGGGCCCGCUGUUGGAGCUUUCUUCGGCGUCCAGAAUGAGCUUCGUCAGACAGACUCCGAAUUUGCUAACACAACCAUUGAUAUUACGCUGAAGUCCCUGGGGAUCAUCAAUGGUUGGAUUGACCUUUUCACCCAGACUCCGUAUCAUCCGCAAUUCGCAUACGAGAACACCUAUGCCAUUGAAGCGAUCUCCCAACUUGAAGAGCUCAAUGCUUUAAGCGCCUACAAUAGCGCAGAUGGCUGCGAGCAGCAAACUGCAUUUUGCCGUUCAGAAGAAGUUGCGCUCGAUCCCAUGGGCUAUGGAGAUGUGGAUGCGGUCAAUGAGGCGUGCUCGCAAGCGCAGUCGUACUGCGAGGCGUACGUAGUUGGACCAUACACUGCAUCUGGACGAUCUAUCUACGAUAUUUCGCAAAACAUGCUCGAUCCCUUUCCGGGGGCGCUCUACUUGGAAUACCUGAACCAGCUGUCGGUCCAGCAAGCACUUGGUGUUCCGGUCAACUACAGCCAAGAUUCAGUCGCUGUCUUUACUGCCUUCAAUACCACAGGAGACUAUGCCCGAGAUGACAUCAUCCAAGAUCUCGUUGAUCUUCUCGAUUCUGGUGUCAGAGUCGCGCUGAUCUACGGUGACAGAGACUACAUCUGCAACUGGCUAGGAGGAGAAGCAGCCUCUUUCGCCAUAGCUGGUGGGGCCGGUCCAUCGUAUUCGCCAUGGUAUGCUGCUGGCUAUGCCCCCAUCGUGGCCAAUAGCACCUACGUUGGCGGCGUCGUUCGAGAGUUUGGGAACCUAAGUUUCAGUCGAAUCUAUGAUGCAGGCCAUUUGGUGCCCGCCUACCAGCCAGAGACCGCUUUCACGAUCUUUUCGCGUAUCAUUGAAGGGACAGACAUCAGCAUGGGCAUGCCCGCCGAUUUAUCGACGUACUCGUCGGUUGGGGAGGCAAACUCCUCGUACCAGAAUGUUGCUCCUCCAAUGGCCGAGCCAACCUGCUACCUUCGCGCCGUUAACACGACCUGUAACACGGACCAGAAGAAUAUGCUCGCAAACAAUGCUGGUGCGAUCAUCAAUGGAGUCCUGUAUGAUGAUGCCACUGAUUGGCAGGCACCAGACCCGGGGAUUAUCACCAUGGCUGGGUCGCCUGGCACACCGCCUCUCAGCAUAGUGACCAGCCCACCGAUGCCAGAAACGAGCACGACGCAGGAAGGAUCGCAGACGACAAUUCUAAACACCACAGUCACAACCACAGGCUACAGGAACUCAACCUCAAACGCCAGCAGCAGAGAACAUACCCCAAGGAAACCGACUGGCAGCAGUCUGCCAACAGGUGUAUAUACCGCAACAACUGUGCCGCCAACAUCAGCCGCUAGCAGAAGUACGUCCGCCAGCGCGACUAACGCCGCGUCGUCGAGCAUCCACAGCAAUGUUUUUCGUUCUUUGUCACUUUCGCGAGAUACCCGGCCCACGAUGGCAGCUUUUCUUUACAUAAUCGGAUUUCUGAGUCACGUUUUCGUUGUCUAA